AUGCAUCUCAUACUCACCGGCGCCACCGGCCUGGUCGGCUCAGGCGUCCUCGACGCAAUGCUGGCCAUGAAAGAAGUCACCAAAAUAUCCAUCCUAAGCCGACGACCAGUCCAAAUGGCCGAGGAUGCUCAUGAUCCCCGAGUGCAGGUCAUCAUACACAAGGAUUUUGAAACCUACGACCCAACAGUCCUCUCCCAGCUCCAGGGAGCAACAGGCUGCGUAUGGGCUCUGGGAAUCAGCCAAACAAAAGUCAACAAAGAGGACUACAUCAAAAUCACCAAAGACUACGCCCUCGAAGCCGCAAAAGCCUUCCGCGCGCUUCCCCCGCCAAACCAGCCCUUCCACUUUGUCUACGUCUCAGGCAAAGGCGCCACAACGCAGCCUGGCUUCUUCACUGCGCUCUUCGGCCGCGUUAAAGGCGAGACAGAGCUGGAACUCGCAGAACUACGUCGCCAGUUCCCACUGUUUAGGACGAGUUCCGUCCGGCCUGCGUUUAUAGACUACGCGCACCACGACGCCAUCAAGAAGUAUCUCCCCCCGCGGCCGGCGUAUGAGACCUUGUUCCAACCCCUAGGAUCUGUAUUUCGGGCGGCAACGCCGGGACUGUGUAGUCCGACUGCGCAGCUGGGGAGGUUCCUAACGGAGAUGGCGAUGGGGAAGCAUGAGGAUCGGCUUGUUGGAGGGAAGGAUGUUCAGAUCGUUGGGCAGAUGCCUAUACUUGAAAAUACGGCGUUUCGGCGGUUAGCUGGGUUGAGUUCGUGA